ACCAUCAUCAUCAUCAUCACUAAUAAUCAUCGGAAUCACACAGUCACAUAGUCGUUGUCUUCGUCGUCGUCGUUGUCGUCGUCGUCGGAAAAUUGAAAUCUUUUUUUUUGUUUUUUGUUUGUUUCUUUUCAAUUCCAAUGUAGUUAUAUUGAAUUGCGGUUGGUGAGAGUUUUUUUUCCUGUCUUAAAUUUGAUUCAUUCAUAUGAUUCUUUUGUCGAUGAUUUUUUUCAAUGAAAAAGUGAAAAAAUCUUCAACACUAACAACAACAACAAUGAUGAUUAUAAAUCCACCUGUCGUACGUUAUCCAUCAUAUUAUAAUUGUAAAAAAUCAACAUUGGUUACAAUUAUAUCUAUCGAUCUAAUGCUUAUUAUGGUCACUAUUAUUAUUAUUAUUAUUGCCGAUAGACAGAUGCCAAAAUUAAUUGAUCCAUUAUCAUUAUCAGAUCAUUUUGAUAUCGAUCUCAAUAACAAUGUUAAUCAUAAUAAUAAUAGUCGUGAUUUGUAUAUUGAUAAUCAAAAUUAUCAUGAUAAUAAUGAUGAGAAUGAAAAUUAUGAUCCACCAUUAUCAUUGAAUAACAAUACGAAUACUAUCGAUAUAUCGAAUACAAAUGAUGAUGAUGAUGACGAUGAUGAUAGAGUUUCCGAUUGUUCGAAUGAUGACAACGAACAACAACUACAACCACAGCUACCUGGUGAUAAUGAUGGAAUUGGUUCAUCAUUGACGGAUAAAAAGUUUGCUGCAACCGAAUUAGCUGUCAAUAUUAUUUGGCUAUUAGCCGGAAUGUUAAGCUUGGUGGCUGUUAUUAAAGAACAUUAUCAUUUAACCAUUAUUUGUUCAUUGUUCGGUGCAUUCGAUGUUUUAUCGGCAUUUUAUUUUUGGACAAAAACCAAAUCUGAAGAUAAUUUCCUACAAAUGAUAUCAAGUGCAAUUUAUUUCAUAUUUUUAUUAUUAUUUCUUAGUGAUCUUGCAUAUAUUAACAAACAACGUUUACGUAUAGCAAGGAAUCGUUUUCUUCCACCAAAAUUAAUGUAUCGUAUCUAAGCAAAAAAAAAAAAAAACAACAACAACAACAAACAAUUAAUUGGCUAAUUUAUUAUUAUUAUAUAUUCACUAAAUGAUGAUGAUGAUAAAAACAGAAAAAAAAAAUUUCAAGCAAAAUUUUAUGACUUACUAUUUUACAAAUAUACACACACACAAACACAAUUUAUGAUGAUCCAAAGGUUUUUAAAUUAUCGAUAAUGAUGAUGAUGAUGAACAAUGGUAUGCCAUUGUUUUGCCACUAUGUGUAUAAUGAUGAUGUGUGUGUGUGAUGAUAAUUUUUAUCGACGAUAAUAAUUUGAAACCAACCGGAUUAUACCAAAUUCAAAUAAAUCGUGAUACGUACAUUCAGAAUCGAACACAUAUUAUCCAAAGAAGACAAUUGUUUUUGUUUUGAAUCGAAUUUUUCAGUUUUUUUUUGUUUUGUUUUGUUGUUGACAAAAUUUUUCAAAUUCUUCAUACAAAAUGAUCAUUCAAUUUAUACAUAAACAUUGUCCAUUAUUUACAUGGAAAUUAUUAACAAUCACUAUGAUAUAUUUGAAUUUAUUGAUCAUAUUACCGGCUAAAUCUCUUCCACCUGAUGGUGAUCUAUUCAAUAUGGUUAUAUUGUUUGUUGGUGCACAUUUUUUAGGUUUAUUAUCAGAAAAAAUUGGAUUACCACCAUUAUUCGGUAUGCUUGUUGCCGGUUUUCUUCAUGGUAAUAUUAUUGACAAUGAAAUGGAUCCAACAUUAACAUCGACCACACGAUCAUUAGCAUUGAUUAUUAUUUUGAUUCGUGCUGGUUUAAAUCUGGAUCCACAAGCAAUACGAACAUUAUCAUCAGUAUGUGCCAGACUUUCAUUGUUACCAUCAAUUGUUGAAGCAUUAAUUGUUACAUUACUUUCAUGGAUUUGGUUUGGUUUUAAUCUCAGUUGGUCAUUGAUGCUUGGUUUUGUCAUUGGAUCAGUAUCACCAGCCGUUGUCGUACCGAGUAUGGUUAUAAUUCAAGAACAGAAUUAUGGUGUUCGAAAUGGUAUUCCAACAUUGUUGAUUGCAUCAGCAAGUGUGGAUAAUGUAUUCGCAAUCACUGGUGUUAGUGUAUGUCUUAGUUUUGCCAUCAAUAAUGGUGAUGGUGGUUCGAACAUUUCACAAAUGAUAUUGACCAUCGUUCGUGGUCCAUUAGAAGCAUUGGCCGGUAUUAUUUAUGGUUUAAUUGUUGGCAUCAUUCUAUGGUAUAUUCCUGAACGAUAUGAUCGUAAAAAAUCAGCUGAACGAUUUGAAAUUCAUCGUUUCAUUUUACUUGCCACAACUUCAUUGUUUAUUUGGUUUGGUUCACAACAGGCUAAUUUGAAAUCAAUUGGCCCAUUGGCUAUUUUAACCGCACCAUUUGUGGCAUCAAUUAGAUGGCGUCAAAAUAAUCUUGGUCAAUUAAGCCGUGAAUCAUUUCGUAUCUUGUGGGUGGUUUUCGAAAAUUUUCUUUUCUGUUUAAUUGGUUUUAGUGUUCGUCUAAGAAAAUUAGAUACGUCCGUUUUAUUUGGUGGCAUUGUAAUCAUUUUGAUUGCAGUCAUAAUUCGUAUGAUUGUAGCUUAUCUGGUUACUUAUGGUCAAUUUGAUCGAAAAGAACGUUUAUUUAUGGCCAUAUCAUGGCUACCAAAAGCUACAAUUCAAGCUGCAAUGGGUCCAGUAGCAUUGGAUCUAGCACAAACUAACGAUGAUAUUGGUCGUGCACAAAUCGUAUUAACAUUAGCCGUAUUAUCCAUCCUGAUGACAGCACCUGUCGGUGCAAUUGCAAUGGAUCGUACAUAUCGUAAAUUAUUGAAAAAUUAUUCAAAUGAAAAUCUAAAUCCAAAUACUAAUAAUAUGACAAGUUCUGAGCCAAUGGAUCUAGAAAAUCAAACAACAACAAACAAGGUAAACACACCUCUAUUGUUGAAUGAUAAACCAAUGUUGUACUAUAAUACUCUGGAAUAAAAUUCCUGAAAAAUUACUCAAUUGCAAUUUCAAGUUUCAAUUUAUUUCAGUUUUCCAUUUAUUAAAUUCAAUUCAAUUUAUAUUCCAAUCACUAUAUAGGUAAACGAUGGUCUUUGAUGAAAUUUUAAAUU